CAGCCUGCCCGGGUGAGGCUCGGCCCGCGAAUCUGAGCUCAUGCAAUUACGACCAGGACAAAUCGACCAAGAAACAUCCCGUCAUAGCAUCACCAUAUUUCGCGACGACCGAACAACUCUCGACGCUCCGAAAAACACCGACAAGAUGGCCUUCGUCAACGCACCCAACAAAGUGCCUUACUACCAGCGCUUCUACCAGACCGCCUACCGCAACCACCAGCGCGUCUGGAAGAUCCACCCGAGGAGCAGGUACAUGCUUGUCCCCUACCUCGUUGGUCUUUGGGGAGGUCUUGGACUGAGCCUGUGGGGUCUUGGACGUAAGGCCGCUGGCUACAACUCCUAUUUUGGCGAAAAAUAGAUCUGAGACAUAUCAGCGAGGUCUUCUGAGCAUGUUAGAAGUUGUUGGGGUUGGAAGGCGAAACUGAGUGCCUUGGAAAAGAACGUAUUCGAGCCUAUAACAAUGCCUCCAGGGGCAAAUCUGCAGCAUUCACUUUACUAGAGUCAGUCACGCUUUCGCCGAACGGGGUCAUCCCUCAAUAGCAGUGAUACUUGUGAUGCAUAUGUCCGAUGUCAAGGCCUUUGUUGGCCGCCUAAACACAACGUCUAAAAUACAAUGGUAUGUCGAAUGGACGACAUGAUGAA